AUUGUGUCGUCACUUCAGAUGUUUUCUUGAAUUGUUACUCGCGUGUCGUCAAUUUGUUGUCUCUCUCACGAACUGUGAUAUAAGGUUUUUAGUCGUAUGUUGUCGAACACGAAAACAUGGAUUCUCACGAAUUGUCUCUCUUCUCGAUUGUGCAUGGACUUUCUUCUCGCCGAAUUAUUUUUUAUUACGCUCGGUUUGUUUAUUCGUUUUUCUGCGUGAUCGAUAACAGAAUACGUGCUGUGGGUCGUGGUUGAUGUUAGGACGUGCUGAUUGUUCUGACUGCAUGUGGGUUCAUUUCCUCCGCGUGUUUCAGGGAAUGGCUACACAUGGACGACGCCGCUCCGCUGGUAGUUCCACCCCGCAUGGAGAGGAGAGUCGAGGGACGACGUCGUUGCCGGCAAGGGAAACGAGUCGGGGAGGUGGCGGUGGGGAGGAAGAACGACGGGCUCAAAACUUGUGGUGCGAGUACAGCAAACGUGUCUGGUAUUUGGACUGGGCGAGCCAGGACGGCUCCGACCCGUUGCAACCACCGUGCGGGCCGCUCUUGUUUGUCACCGUUCGCGCCGAUAGAACGCGUCUCGCAGGGUCCAUCGUCCAGUGGGUCAACGAAGGCGAAUACAAUUUCAAGUUUACAUUGCGGAAGCAUUUCAGAAGGGACGGUACCGUCGACGACAUCGCAAAGGGAUGCAAGGUUGCCGGGAGGAUGUUCGGCGGGUACGGUCGACGUGCGAUGUCUUUGCCGUCGUUUGUCCCGCUAACACCGAGGCAUGACGUGGCCGUUCAUGUGACCGACUUCCUCGAGGUUUGGGCUGGAUCUGGUACCUCUGUUAGUGCCGUGGACGUCGGACCUGGGACAUCGAUCAUGGGUCCUGUUGGGUUCGCGGGAGGAGAGUGCUCUUCAAGGAGGAUGGGAGGUCAGGGUGGCCUGCCAGCUACGCCUCCUGAUCAAGAGGUGGGCAUGUCAGACGACUCGGAGGACGACCAUCCACGUACUCCUUUAAAACCGGGCUUGCAUGGAUCUCGCCGCCAAGAAUUGCUUGGGGAGUCGACGCCACGUGGAGGAGGCGAUGGCGAACGGUUGCAACAGGGCUCAGAAUCGACGACUCCUCGUCGUCUGGUCGAAAGGAUCGGUGCGUUCGUUCGUGGCAUGCAGGUGGCCGAGGUUUCACCUGGCGAUCGCGUGGGUGGUUCGCAGGUUCGAGAGGUGCAUGGGUCAGAUGAGACGACUCGCUGGGCCCGACCUGCGCCUGCGCAACUGCAGAUGGAGAUGAGCCAGGAACGAAAAGCAAGUGGGAACGUCGCCGGUGAGGAGGAGGUAUCCGAGCAAGGGCUGUUCCGUGAGAUAUCGGCUGAAAAGACUCAGUCGGAAGGCAAGCGCAACUUGCCAGAUGAGGAAGAGCGAGAGGGAGUAGGUGCUCUGAAAAGGCAGAGAAAGGAAGGAGGGAGUGCUCGGACGCCAACAACACGAGAGGGCGGUUCCGUUGAGAAGAGGAAAAGGGUUGGAGGUGGGGAUGAAACGCCAAAAGACUCGUCGACACGGCGAAGAACCGGUGAGUCUUCUGGGAAACGGUCGAAAUCAUCGAGGGGGAAGAAAGCAGAUGAGGGCGACAACGAGGAGGGGGAUGACGACGUGGAGAUUAACCUCAACGCCUUUAAUCUCAACAAUGCAUGCUUCCUCGAGAUGAAGACAGGGGUGCAGAGGGACGUCGUGUUGCACAUCCAUCCCGAAAGAAUAUUGGCUAUUCCAGACUGGGAAGACGCGUACAACCUCCGAUCCUUCGACGAGUUCCUCGUUGAUAUCAUCGAGUCGGCUAUGAUCGACUGCUACGAACGUAAAGAUAUGAGAUACACGAAGCCCAUUUUCGUUCUCGCUCCCAUCGUCGCACCUGCAGAGAGGGGCGAGCCUGCCGUGCGCGUGGGGCUGAAGAAACACGUCUGGUACGUGAAGGUGGACGACCCGUCGUUGAAAAAAGGCAAGGGGAAGCCAAAGAAAGGCGAGGAGGAGAAAACUUACUACGUCCAAGAUCCUGAGCCCGAUGUCCACUGCUGGAAGGAAUUGGUGGACUUGACGGACCUCGAGAAGAAAAGGUUGUUGAACGGCGUCUUAAACCUUAACGUCGUGUGGGUUCAAACGAGUAGCAAGAAGUUGGCCGAGCAGGGGAAGUUCAGUGUCAAGGAGAUGGUCGACAUAAUAAAAAUGGACCGGAUUAUGCUGAGGCUGUGGCACUACGUGGAGUUCGAGUACGAGGAAAUGGAUAAGCGGGAGUGGAAUGUGAACUCCACGUUCUUCAGGUCCAAGAAGCAACUGUUGGGAGAGUUCAAGGACAAAUGUCUCGACGACAAGCUUUGUGACGAGAGCAGGAAUUUUUUCACGGACACCGCGUACGUCAACAAGUGCCCUCAGUCUCUUCGGUGUCAACACGACAACAACAUCAAGAGAACGGCGGCCCUCGUUAACGACCAGCAUUUCCCGGCGGAGUGGAAGAGUGUCGUCCUUUCGGUGAUCAAUGGAGAUCGCGCGAAAGGCAAAAAAAGUCCUCGGGGCGUUGAUGAAUGCAUCAACAUUUUGUGGACGAGGACAAGCGCCUUGACGACGCUGGCCCAGUUUAACUUGCUGGGCUUCGUUUGUCAGGACUACUGGACAUUGGUGGUAUUCGUUCCCUGCCUGUGGAACCUCUCCUUCAUGACAUAUUUGUCUGCGCUUGUGGCUACCCGAUGCUACACGGGGAAGUGGGUUCGGAAGACGGCAUCGAAGAAGACGCAUGAGUUCGGAAACAGCGUCUGGGAGGAGCCGGAUGUGAUGCACAUCCUUUUCAAAGGCGAGGAUCCUCGACUACCGACUCACCCGGUGUACGAGGGAGCUGUUGCCGAAGACGACGCCGCCGCUCUCCGGAGGAAACAGAAAGUGACACCCACGGAUGUGGAGGAGAAGUCUUUCAAGUCCUUGACUUUCGCGGACAUCGGAAACCUCACCCAGAGGGGGGCUCAGUACAAGGACGGCGAGCGAAAUUCGAAUCAAUUAUGCAAUCAGCUUCUUUUCUUCUGUGGUGUGGCAGAUGCCGUGCUGUUCUUGGGCAAGCCGCACGCGCAGGUGGUGUGGAGUCUGCUUCAGCAGGGAAGGCACGUCUUGGCCGUGGAUGGGGACACAACGCACCUCGAAUACACUGUGCAGUAUGUCACCCAUGAAGUGUCUUCCAAGGCUUACCCAUGCGAUUUCCACCAUGUCGUGGUCGAGCCCGUUUAUGACCCGAACAAGGACUUGUUCUUCAAGUUGACUCCGAAGAAAAGGCGCCAGGUGUACUCCUUUCUUUACGGCGAACAACCAACGUUGAGAUUUGACCCGCAGUACGUGGUGCGGAAGGAAGUCGUCAUUGCGGUCCUCCAGGGCUACCAAGGAGCGAGUCGGGCCAGCGCUGUGAGCUUCAUUAAGAGGCUGGAAUAUGUAGUUUUUAACGAGGAUGUGGUCGAUCCGGCCGACUUCACUUUGGAUAACUACAGGCUGGCAUUCGAUGAGGACGACGACUUCAAUAUGGAGACUGAGCAGGAGGAGAGCGUUGAGGAUGACCUCUUCGAUUUGGACGGGCAAUUGGCCAUCUUCAACGCCCAAGUUUCUGAGUCGCCAUCAGUAUGCAAACCGGGGACACCUCUCAGUACACCCACCUCGGGCGGUCCCACGCCCAUGUCCUCCUUAGCGCCUGUCAAGAGGGGUGGGUUGUCACGUCUGAGGAGUUCGUCGGGGGAGCCUAUUCAUCUCACACCGCAGCCCAAACGUCUUCGACCCGGCCAUCCAGUUCCUCCGGACCAUCCGCAUCUCAAGGCUCCUGCAAUUCCCUACCACAUGGGCGACAAACACACCUUCUCCACAGCCGAAGAUUGGGGCCAUGAUAUCGUGUGGCACCCAGACCAUUUCCAGCCAGUCCUUCUCGAUGGCCACCGGGCAGUGGCUGUGAGGGACGUAAGUGGAAGGUGGAUAUAUGACGAUCGUUGGGACCUCGAUACAUUCAAAUCUCGCGCCUACGAUGCGGUAUUGGAGAGAUUAGAGGAGGUCAAUCGACGAAGUAAGGACGACCCUGCUCUGCGCGCAUACGGGGAAAUGCUGUUCGAUUUAUUGUAGUCAAAUAAUUGGCUGGAAGUAUCCUCCGCGUUCUACGCCCUUCCGUCA